AUGUCUUCGAUAACACCUCCUGCCGAUGCCGCACCUGUCGAAGUCAACGGUCGAACAAUCAAUCCUCUGGAAUUUUAUGCGCGUGACGCUCGGAACACGAAGCAUAUCAUUGUCACGGUUCGUCACAUCCUGAGCAUUGCAGAAGAAGACGAGUUGCAGGCUCUCGGAGUAGUAAUUGUUGAAGACCUUGGGGACAACAAUUUCCUUUGCUAUUACGAUCCUGAUGAUCUGUUGCCGAUACGUCAAAAGGAAUUUGUCCGGCAAGUCGACGUCUAUCGCAAUUUGUACAAAAUUCCUGCAAGCUUGGAAGCCGUGGUCGAAGACCCAAAUCUUUUGCUCUCAUCUCCCGAUGACUCGACACAAUUGACAGAUAGUACCGAGCCUGAGGUUGAGAUUGAUGUGCAAGUGCACGAAGAAGUGAACGACCAAGAUAUCGAGUCUUUAGCCAGCACUAUCGUAAGCAAGACGCAGAUCUCAAGGGAUGAGAUGGAAAUUGUGCCUGGUAAGAUACGACUAACAGCAAAACUAAGUCAACUCGUGGACAUUGCAAAGGACGACAGGGUACGCAUCAUUGAAGAAGUCUUGCAACCAGUAUUAUACGAUGAUGAAGCAAGGCAGGUCGUCCAUGCUGAUAACGUUCAGGUGGAAGGGCUUGCAUUUGGUGGCAAGGGCCAGAUUGUCACUGUCGCGGACUCUGGCUUCGACAUUGGUAGUACAGAAGAUUGCCAUCCCGCAUUUACUGGGAAGGUAAUGCAGCUGGUGUCCUUCGGGCGGUCCAAGGAAGCUCUUUCAGAUCAGCAGAAGGUCAAUGAUCCUGAUGGACACGGCACACAUGUCUGCGGCAUUGUAUUGGGACAAGAUUUCGAGACUGACAAAGGCAUCAUUGGUGGUGUUGCUAAAGAGGCAAGCCUCAUAGUUCAGUCCUUGUUGGACACGAAGCGGAAGGUCAAGCCGCCUAUACUUCCUUCCGAUUUAUUCAAACAGUCGUACUCUGCAAAUUCUCGGAUACAUUCCAACUCCUGGGGGGUACCAUUUGACAAGAAAAGAGGGCAGUUGGACUACGCCGCUACAGCCACAGCGAUUGAUGAUUUUGUCCGCAAUAACCCUGAGAUGCUUGUCUGCUUUUCGGCAGGCAAUUACAAUGUCGAAGCUGAAGGGGGCCCAAGUAUUGGUCCCGAAGCCGCAGCCAAGAAUUGUAUCACAGUUGGAGCUUCUGGCUCUACGAGACAUUCUAUGGACAAGGACGUACCUGAUACCAUACCAAGUGCGAUUUGGCCCAAGAGCAGUCGUGGUCCAACCAAAGAAAAACGACUGAAGCCCGAUGUGGUCGCGCCUGGGUUCAGCGUAUACUCUGCAAAAUCCAGAGCCUCGAAACAAAGCCGGUUUUUGGCGACCUGCCCGGACGCAAAGGAAGUUAGCUGGUGGCCGGACUCGGGUACCAGCAUGGCAGCACCACUGGUGGCUGGAUGUGCGGCAGUUCUGCGCGAGAUCUUACACAGCAAGGGGUGCACGAAAGCACCGGCUGCUCUUCUCAAAGCCGUCAUCCUGAACGGAGCAGACAAGCUCCCUGAUGUUGACAUUAACGCGCAAGGACAUGGCCGAGUUAAUCUGCACGCAUCAGCUGCAAUGCUACAGUCGCCACCAGCAACGGCCAAGGAUAUUCGAUUGGACACAACUUUGCCUCUAUCAGGAGGCACGCUCAUCGGCGACCAUCUCAAGCAGGAUGAUGAAUGCGAAUUCGUGCUGUCACUCGCUGAUGCCAAUGAUCCCAAUUCUCACUUCAAGAUCACCAUGGUCUACAAUGACAUCGGGAGGUUGAGGAUCCAGAACAAUCUCAAUCUCAUCGUCAUCGACGCUAUCACGAAUGAGACCAGAUAUGGCAAUGAAGGAUCGGUCAAUGAUCCCGACACAGAGAACAAUGUUGAGCAGAUCAUCCUCAGUACUUUGCCUAAAGGCACCCUCCGUGUGAAAGUGCAUGCACAGAAAAUCCUGGCUGGUCAGGAGCAGGAUUUCGCUCUUGCCUGGUCGACAUUCACGCCACUUUCUUCCUGA